AUGGGCUCAGCAGGUAUCGGUGAGCGGGGCAUCCGCAUCGCCAUAGACCGCGGAGGAACAUUCACAGAUUGUGUAGGCAACCCAGGCACAGGCAGGAUGGAAGACGACGUCCUUAUAAAGCUACUUUCCGUCGACCCAUCCAAUUACGACGAUGCGCCCCUCGAAGGCAUCCGCCGCCUGCUAUCCAAGUUCACGGGAAAGGAAAUUCCUCGGGGAGAGCCACUCGACACCUCUAAGAUCGAGAGCAUACGCAUGGGCACCACCGUUGCAACGAACGCCCUGUUGGAGCGCAAGGGUGAGGAUAUAGCUAUGGUGGUGACCAAGGGCUUCAAAGACUGUUUGGAGAUUGGCAACCAAUCGCGACCGAAUAUCUUUGCGUUGGAUAUAAGAAAACCCGAGGUGCUAUACAAGAAGGUGGUGGAGAUAGACGAAAGAGUCACGCUAGAAGACUAUGCUGAGGACCCAGAACGUACACAGACAGACGCGAAGGCAAUAGAAGCGGCAGGAGAAGACGCGGAGCUCGUCAAGGGCAUGUCUGGCGAGACGGUCCGCAUAUUGCAGAGGCCCGCCGAGGAUAGGAUACGAAAGCAGCUGCAGGAAGUCUAUGAUAGCGGCUUACGUAGUAUCGCUGUAUGCUUGAUGCACGGCUACACAUACCCAAAACACGAGGCGUUGGUAGGCAAGAUCGCGAAAGAGAUUGGUUUCGAGCACGUUAGCUUGAGUCACGAACUUAUGCCCAUGAUCAAGUUGGUACCAAGAGCGACUUCUGCAUGUGCUGAUGCCUACUUGACACCAGCGAUACGGAAGUAUAUCGACGGCUUUUCUAAAGGGUUUGAGGGUGGCCUUGGCACAAAGAGCGUAAAACAAGAGAAGGGCUCCAAGGGUGCGAGGUGCGAGUUCAUGCAGUCGGAUGGUGGGCUUGUCGACGUUGACAUUUUCUCCGGUUUAAAGGCUAUUCUGUCAGGUCCGGCGGGUGGUGUGGUAGGCUAUGCGCUUACAUCGUACGAUCCAGAGACUAAAAUCCCAGUAAUCGGUUUCGACAUGGGCGGAACUUCUACAGACGUCAGCAGAUAUGGAGCAGGAAGAUACGAUCACGUCUUCGAGACAACGACCGCCGGUGUGACCAUACAAUCACCCCAACUCGAUAUCAAUACUGUGGCCGCGGGAGGAGGGUCACGUUUGUUCUGGAAGAACGGUCUGUUCGUUGUUGGCCCCGAGUCAGCGAGUGCACACCCCGGACCAGCAUGUUACCGCAAGGGUGGUCCAUUGACCAUCACCGAUGCGAACCUAUUCCUUGGGCGCCUACUUCCGGACUUCUUUCCUAAGAUAUUCGGCAAGAAUGAAGAUGAAGGUCUCGAUGCGGAGGCAAGCGAAAAGCUGUUCACGGAAUUAGCUGAGCAAAUCAACAAGGAGGUUGCUGGAGGCAAUAAGGAGAAAGAGAUGUCGCUGGACGAUAUCGCUAAUGGAUUCAUAAAGAUUGCAAAUGAGACGAUGACAAGGCCCAUUCGGAGCUUGACGGAAGCGCGAGGUCACGAUACGUCAAAACACAGACUUGCGACUUUUGGUGGCGCCGGCGGCCAGCACGCCGUAGCCAUCGCCGAGGCACUGGGUGUCUCGCAGAUCCUUGUUCAUCGGUACUCCUCUGUCCUUUCAGCGUACGGUAUGGCACUUGCAGAUGUUGUAGAUGAGCGACAAGAGCCAGAGUCGAAGGUGUGGUCGGACGACAAGCAGACUCGCGAAUAUCUGCAAAACAAGAUGAACGAUCUUAAGUCAAAGUCGAUUGCCAGACUGGAGGACCAAGGCUUCGACGAAGAGCAGGUUAAAUUCGAGGAGUAUCUCAAUCUGCGGUACCGCGGCACGGAGUCUGCGCUCAUGAUAAUCAAGCCUACCAAGGAGGAGGCAGAGAAAGAGUUUGGAGGCGACGACUGGGCAUUUGACAAGGCGUUCAUCAAGCAGCACGAACAAGAAUUUGGGUUUACACUUCCAGAUCGCGACAUCAUUGUGGACGAUGUCCGCGCAAGAGGUAUCGGUAAAACGUUCGAGGGGCUCGAGAAGACGGUCGAUCAGCAGCUCAAAGAGAUAAAGCCCAAGGAUCUUCAGAAGUAUGACAAAGUGUACGCUACGCGCAAGGUUUUCUUUGAAGGUGGCCGGCAGGACACAGCGAUUUACAAGCUCGAGGAUCUGGAUACAGGUGACCGUAUCAAGGGACCCGCUAUUAUUGCCGAUGGCACGCAGACGAUAGUGGUUACUCCUGGCGCUUCAGCACUGCUCAUCGAUACGCACGUUGUCAUCAACAUUGGAGAGAGUGACAACCAGGACAAGCAGAUCGAUACGAAGGAAGUUGACCCUAUCCUCCUGAGUAUCUUUGCUCAUCGCUUUAUGGCUAUCGCCGAGCAGAUGGGUCGUGCUCUGCAAAAGACGAGCGUAUCCACAAACGUCAAAGAGCGUCUCGACUACUCAUGCGCGCUUUUCGACGCUGAUGGCGGGCUAGUCGCAAACGCACCUCAUCUCCCCGUCCAUUUGGGUAGCAUGUCGACCUGUGUCCGCAAGCAGUCUGCUAUAUGGAAAGGCAAGUUGAAAAAGGGAGAUGUUUUGGUCUCAAAUCACCCCAUGUUUGGCGGUACCCACUUGCCCGAUAUAACAGUCAUCACGCCCGCCUUCAGCGGUGACGAAAUAAUCUUCUACGUCGCCUCUCGCGCCCAUCAUGCUGACAUAGGCGGCAUUCUUCCCGGAAGUAUGCCUCCUGCCAGCCGAGAGCUUUUCCAAGAAGGUGCGCAGAUCAAGUCCGAGAAGCUCGUAUCAGAAGGGCACUUCAACGAGAAGAGGAUCACCGAACUGCUAUACGAUGAACCGUCUCAAUACCCUGGAUGCUCAGGCACCCGCUGCCUCAGCGACAACAUCAACGACCUCAAGGCGCAAGUCGCCUCCAACCAGAAAGGCAUCAACCUCAUCAGUACCCUGAUGUCUGACUACGGCGAGGAAGUCGUGAAGUUCUACAUGACCAACAUUCAAGCCAAUGCCGAAUCCAGUGUGCGCAGCCUUCUCAAGGACGUGUACAAGCGCUUCGAAGGCCAGGACCUCUCAGCCGAGGAAUUCAUGGAUGACGGCUCGCCCAUCCGUCUCAAAGUGACAAUCGAUCCCGACAAGGGCGAAGCCAAAUUCGAUUUUACGGGUACCGGCCCAGAGGUGUAUGGUAACAUCAACGCCCCCGAAGCAGUGACCUACUCCGCAAUAAUAUACUGCCUCCGCUGCCUCAUCAGCGAAGACAUCCCGCUGAACCAAGGCUGCCUGAAGCCCAUCCACGUCCUCAUACCCAAGAAGUCGUUCCUCUCGCCAUCCGACAACGCAGCCGUGGUCGGCGGCAACGUCCUCACCUCUCAACGCGUCACCGACGUCGUCCUCAAAGCGUUCCGCGCCUGCGCCGCAUCCCAGGGCGACACCAACAACCUAACCUUCGGCUUCGGCGGCCAGUCCGCAGGCGGUAAAGCCCAGAAAGGCUUCGGGUACUACGAGACUAUCGCCGGCGGGUCGGGCGCUGGCCCAACGUGGGAGGGCACCAGCGGCGUGCACACGCACAUGACUAACACGCGCAUCACCGACAGCGAGGUCUUCGAGCGCAGGUACCCCGUGCUGCUUCGCGAGUUCGGGCUAAGGACGGGCAGCCGCGGCGUGGGCAUGCACAAUGGUGGCGAGGGCGUCGUCCGCGACAUCGAGUUCCGUAUCCCCGUGCAGGUCAGCAUUCUGUCUGAGCGCCGUGUGUACCAUCCGUACGGCAUGGCUGGCGGCGGUGAAGCCGCGUGCGGGCUGAACAUCUGGGCGCGUAAGAUCGAUAAGAAGACCAUCGAUCAGAAUUCGGACACGCAGCAGAAAGACAAGGAAAAUGCUGCGAGGACGAGCAGCGCGGUGGAAGAGCUGAAGGAGAAGCAGAAGGGGAUCGAGGAGGGCAAGGAGGACGUCGAGUAUAGGUAUAUUAAUCUUGGGGCGAAGAACACGGCGAGUAUGAAGCCUGGGGAGCGCAUCAUCAUUUAUACACCUGGUGGAGGUGCGUGGGGGAAGGAGGGAGAGGAGAGUAAGGCGGUGCAGAAGGAGGAUCCGAAGGCGGCGUGGAGAGGGGGGAGUGUGACGUCGCGGCAGCAGACGGCGGAAGCGAGUGCAUAA